AGAAAAAGGGGAGGGAGCAGCAAGCAAGCAGUCGCCCCACCAAGGCACCACCACGCCUCCUUUCUCUCCUCUCCUCUCCUCAUCAGAUCACGAGCCAGCCAAGCCACAGACAGGUGUGGGAUCCCGAUCGAGCCCGAUCCGAUCGCCAGAUCCGCCGGCCUCCGCGCCGAUCCGGGCGUCCUCCCACCGCUCCUCUUCCCCUCCCUAUCGUAGCAGGCGCGCGCCCCCGUCGCUCACUGGAGCGGAGAUCCCUCCCAGCCCCCGGACUGAUCGAUUCCUUCUUAUUAUUGCCGGCUCCAUGGAGAAGCAGGAGCCAAUAGCUGAUGUUGAACAAAAGAUUGGUCUCACUGAGAAGCCUACAGAGCAGCCUGUUCCCAGUAAGGAUGAUAAAGCAACUCUGCCCCCAAUUUCAGUUGAUUCAAAUGCUAUUGAUCUACCAAGUGAAGGCCAAACCCAAGCUGGUACAUCAAACAUAGAUGGGGACCAUAAUGCUGCAUAUCCACACAACUUCUAUGCUUCUCAGGCACAGCCAUUCUAUUACCAAGGAUACGAAAACCCUCCACAAGAAUGGGAUACAUACCCUCCUUACAUGAGUGUUGAAGGAUUGGAAGUGGGUCCAACAGUUGUAUACAAUGAGGACCCUUCAUUGAUGUUCCAUGGUGGCUAUGGCUAUGAUCCAUAUGCUCAUUAUUCUCCUAUUACAACACCUGUACCGACUGCUGUUAGUGGAGAUGGUCAGCUCUACUCCCCUCAGCAGUUCUCCUUCUCGGCUCCUUACUACCAGCAGUCAGUACCACCUGGCAUGCCAUAUUUAAGCUCUCCUACUCCAAUAUCACAGGGUGAGACAAUGAUACCGACUGACCCAACACAAGGAGGUUUUAUUGCUGAUACUCUGAGUCCGAACAGCUUCCUUUUUGGCCCAAGACCUGAGUGGUUCAGAUCUUCAGAAGGAGCUGGGUCAUUUCCAUCACCUGCAGCUUCACCUCAACCUGCUGGUGGUGUUUCAGGGGCCAUUGGCCAAAGCAACUUUCCAAUGGCUUCAGGAAUGCCAUCGCCUCACCAGAAGCCCUUCUACGGUUUUGGAUCCCCAUCUGACUCCUUUGGACGAGGUUUCUCUCAUGGUGGGAUGUUCCCACAGGCCAGUAAUUAUGGGGGAUCCUUCCCUAGCUUUGGCCUUAAUGGUAGAAGUUCCAUUUCCAUCGAGAAAGGGCGCAGGAGAGGAAGGGGUAAUGCUCUUAUUUGCAGCUGCAAUGGUCCGCUCGACUUUCUCAAUGAGCAAAGUCGGGGCCCGCGUGCUACUAAACCUAAGAAGCAACCAGAGGGUGACAGUAAGGAUGAGAAGCCUUCUGCAGGAGUUGGUCGCGAGUUAUACAACAAGCCUGACUUUGUUAUAGAGUACACAAAUGCCAGAUUUUUCAUAAUAAAAUCGUACAGUGAAGAUAAUGUGCACAAGAGUGUCAAAUAUGGUGUUUGGGCGAGUACCACAAAUGGAAACAAGAAACUGGACUCGGCUUAUCGCGAAGCUAAGGAGAAGGAAGAGCAGUGCCCCAUUUUCCUGUUGUUUUCGGUGAAUGCUAGCGCACAAUUUUGUGGUGUUGCUGAGAUGAUUGGACCAGUGGAUUUUGAGAAAAGUGUGGAUUACUGGCAGCAAGAUAAGUGGACUGGUCAGUUCCCUGUUAAGUGGCACAUUGUGAAGGAUGUCCCCAAUAACCUCUUCCGCCAUAUAAUUCUUGAAAACAACGACAAUAAACCUGUAACAAAUAGCCGAGACACACAGGAGGUGAAACUAGAGCAAGGUCUGGAGAUGCUGAAGAUCUUUAAGAACCAUGAUGAUGAUGCAUCAAUCCUUGAUGAUUUUUACUUUUAUGAGGAGCGUGAGAAAGCCCUGCAGGAAAAUAAGGCACGCCUUCAUCAGCAGCAUAUACCCAGUUCUAUUGCUAUUGAACCCAAGAAACCCUUGACUGUGCCCACUGACCUUGUUGGCCAUAUCACCAAGAGUUUUGCUCAGGCUGUGCGGCUUGGUGAGGCCAAGGCCGUAAGCCCUUCGGCUGAGAAAGUGUCUGGGGGCGAUUCAUCUGUUCCUGUGAAGCCAGUCGAAGUUAAGCAGAGUGGUCUAUCAUAGGAGCUCUUGAUCGAUGCGAUUGGGCUGUACUCGAAGUAUCAUUCCUGGUCUAAAUGUUGGGACAGAAUAUGCAGAUGGAUGUUACUGAAAACUAAGACAUCCGUGAAGAUGGCUUCUUGCGCGUUUGGUCAAGCAUUCAUGUACACUAGGAUAGAUCUUUGCCAGCCUUGAUGGAAGCUUAGUUUCUUAUAAAUAGUUUCUCCUUCCCUCCAUCCUUCCGUAGUAUUUCUCACCUUCUCUCUGCAUCAUAUGAUGAUUCCUUAGUGGCUAGCCUUAAGAAGAGCUGCAGUUUUUGUGCAAGCCUCUGUAAGUUUCCCUGUUCGAUCGCAUAUGAAUAAGGUCAUUUUGCUUACUUUCAAGUAAAAAUCCCGCUUAUCUGCUGUUCUGUGACUGUUUCACCCUUUUUUUUUUGGUAAUGUCUGAACAAGACCUCUCUGUCACAUCCCAUGUAAGCAAAAAUAAACACUAUCCAGGUGACCUGGUUGUGGUAAUUACUGUAGUAACUGUAUGAUUAUGCAUGUUUGUUGGGAGGGGCAAA